AUGGCUCUUGCUAUGGCUGGCCAAGGGUCAGUUGAGCCUUCAGCUCAAAAUCCAUCUCAGCCUGGUCCGUCGAACAGACCUGAGCCUUCAGCUCAAAAACGGCGCUCCCCGUCGCCUCAACCGGGGCCGUCGAGCAGACCUGAUCCCCAGCCUUUAGCUAAAAGAGCACGGUCCCCUUCGCCUCAGCCCGGUCCGUCGAACAGACCAGACCCACAGCCUUCUGCUAAGAGAGCACGCUCUCCUUCGCCUCAACCAGGUCCGUCGAAGCGACCCCUGGAAGAGGACGAAGAGGCGCAGCCUACAUUUGAAGUGCUGCAGAGUCGAGAGCGGGAACUUAAACGCUUCAAGACGAAGUUCAGAGAGGAAGUUGGCAUGGUCAAAGGUCUUGGUGGCACCCUCCC